UCAAGUCGUGAGCUGUCCGCGCGCCGCCCGCGCGUGGCGUUCCCGCCGCCGGACGGUCCUCGAGUCCGUCGUCGUGCUCGGCGUGCGCGGCGCGGGGGAGGCCGGAGGCCGGAGUCGGGAGUGACGGCCGCCGUCCACCGCCCGGCGGUUGUUGUUGAUGUUUCGGCGCGGGCUCGACCCAUAUUCCAGGCGCGACCGACGACGACACGCGCCGAGCGCGGUAAAGCACUUUUCGCGACCGAGUCGGGAGCCUCGCGCCGCCGCGCCGCGCUCGACGCGGAGCUCGCGGGCCAGUAGACUAGUAGUGCGGGUGAUCACCGGCGCGGCUGCUCGCUGUCGAUGGACUCGCGCCGCAAUAAGAUGGCCUCAGGUCCGUGCGGCGGGGUGCGCGGCCCGGUCGCGGUGCUGGCCAUCGUCGUGCUGCUCCUCAUCCUGUUCCUGAGCGCUCGCGGGCCCCCCGAGCCGCCCCCGAGACGCGCACACCCGGCCAGCGGCGGCGGCCCGUCCCCGCGCGUCUGGGCUGCCAACUGGAUCCGUCCCGACGUCCACACCGACGCCAAGGGCCCCGGCGGCGAGGUCACGCCCGAGGCCAUCCAGAAGAUCAUCGAGCAGCGCCAGCCCUACGUGCCGCCCGCCAUCAAGACUCCGUACAACUUCACAGGUUUCAACAACGUGACAGGGCUGGGCGAGGAGAGCGACUACCUCGUGCCCAACUUCAUGCACUUCCUGCGCUUCAACGAGGUCGAGUUCGACUUCCUGGACUUUGUGACGGUGCUGUCGGCGCUGCGGCACCAGCGGCCCGAGCGCCUCUUCUUCCACACCAACGUCGAGCGCUUCAAGGGCGAGUACUGGGAAAAGCUCCUGCUCACGCCGGGCUUCGCCGACAUCGUCGAGAUGGUGCACGUCGACCUGCCGAGCGAGAUCUUCGGCCAGCCGAUGGACAACGGCUACCGGGUGUGGCACGCCGGCGACAUCACGCGCAUCCGCAUCCUCAUGAAGUACGGCGGCAUCUUCCUCGACAACGACUCGUACAUGGUGCAGUCGCUCGACAAGUUCCGCCGCUUCGAGAUCGCCAUGGGCUGGGACGACAACCAGUUCAUGGGCACGCAGGUGAUCGUGGCGCACCGCGAGGCGCGCUUCCUGCGCGAGUGGCUCGAGACGUACCGCGGCGCCUACGACAAGAACAAGUGGUACUACAACGCGGGCGAGCGGCCCACCGUCGAGGUGCUGUACAAGCGGCCCGAGCUGCUGCACCGCGUCAAGCUGCUCUUCGGCGUGCACUACCUCAUCCACAAGGUGUACAAGGCCAACGAGGUGUGGGCCGAGUGGCGCGACCAGUACUGCAUCCACCUGCUCAAGCGCCACCAGGACAAGAAGUUCGACGAGGACAACUUCAGCAAGCCGCCGACCACCCUCCGCGAGAUGAUCCUCGACGUCUACGACCCCCUGUCGGGCGGUGCGCGGCUCCUCUGACCCGCCCAGUGAGUGCGAGAGAGAGAGAGAGUAAGAGACUUAAGCUCGUGCGGUGUUAUUUUGCCGAUCCCAUCCGAUCCGAGGUGCGGUCGCGCAGACUCAGCUGUUCUGUCGCGCUGUGCUUGUCCCCACACGUUCUUGGCCUAGUCAACAGUGUGAUGACCCACUGACUGCGGCCGCCGAAGCGACCCUUCGUGACAGUCGACAUUUUUCAUUUGCUUCAUCUCAUGUUACGUUUUUUACUAUUUAUUUCCCACUUGUAGGUACAUUUUGCUCACCGUGUCGCAUCAAAGAUCUCAUUUGAGGUAACAUUGAGGGAAAAGAGCAUCAUUCACUGGUGUGCCAAAUGUUUGUAAUUCAUGUGAUGCAAAAAAAGACAUAAUUUAAGUAAAUAUAAGAAAUGUUAAAAAGUAAACAAAAGAAUCAAUCAAAAAUAUCAGUCCAUUAAAAAAACAAAAAUUAAAACAAAA